AGUCACCGUCACCCAUGCCCUGCUAUUUUAGAAUUGCAUCACGUGGUGACAUGUCGCGCUACGGCCCCUUGGCCCCCUCCGUCUUCAUCAUCUGUUGCCCCUUAAUGUAUCAUUACUAAGUACUGAAGCGUCACCCCCAUGUCACUUCUGAAACUUGGCCAGACCCUCCGAGGUAGGCUAGGGAGAUAUAUCAUUACGAAACAGGUUCAGGACACGGUUUGGUUUGCAGAGAAUCAAGCCAAGGAGACAGUCGUGGUCAAAGGAGUUCAAAGCCAUCCUCGCGUGGAAAACGAGAGAGAUGUUUUAAAACGCUUCCAGCAUUCGACAACUCAUUUACGGCCAUUACUUGAUGAAGUACAAGAGCCCGCGGAGCCACCUAUCAUAAUCCUUAAUUAUUUAGAAGACAACCUUCUGAGUUCAUCUAUCAAGAAAACCCUCAAUCGUCAGGAGCUUAAAUCAUUGAAUGUCCUCCAUAAAGAUGGAUACGUGCACACAGAUGUCAAGCUAGACAACAUCUUCGUGAAUUACAAGCAAGGCGAAAAUCGGUUUUCCGAAAUCCAGCUCGGCGACCUUGGAGGCUGCUAUCCUGCCGACAGCACUAUCGCAAAAAAAGGCACACCUAUAGGUGCGGCUAUGUGGUCGAGCCCUGAAGUACUGAUGGAAACGCCUUGGAACACAGCCACCGAUAUCUGGUCCUUUGGAACGGUGCUGAUCAGCCUGAUAUACAGGGGUGACUUCAACUUAUUCCGACCACGCACAGUGCCGUAUGGCCAUGAGGAAUACAAUUUGGAGGUUCUGAAACGGCAGUUUAGCUAUUUUGGGCCCUUUCCGGGGAAAUAUCAGGAGAUUGCAAGCCCCGAAACAGUCUUGGCGAUUCUAUACCUGAUGCAUGAGAUCCCUCAAUCACAGACAACACCUUUCAUUCGGACAACGGAGAAGGAGAUUUCCCUGAGAGACAAGAAUUUCAUCUCGAAGAUUAUGAUGCUGGAUUGGAGGGAUAGACCCACGGCACAAGAGCUUUUGGAGGAUGGGUGGUUUCAGGAAGACUAG